CGAUUCCCUCGGGACACGCGCCUGUCACGGGGCUGCACGCACGGGGCGCCCGGCCGCGGCGAGCCACGGGCUGUCCACACGCGACAUAGAAGAGGAAGACAAUGCGCCACGUCGUUCCCAUUUUUCCUGGCGAACCGAGUGAACCGGAUUAGAAGAGAUAGAGAAAUACAGAGAGAGAGCGCGAGUGAGAGAGAGAAGAGGAGAGAAGAGGAGAGAGAGGACGCAAAUCGAUAGCGCACGAUUUCGGUGUCGGGUCAGCUGGUGGUGCCUUCAUCCCCCGGUGUUGUCAAGCCGCGUUUUCCCUUCCUGUUCCCCUUGGAAACACGGAGCACCACGGGAAGUGGUGUCGCGCUGCUGAGAGAAGCUACCCUUCUACGCGAUGAGAGACACCGGCAACCAGGCCAAGUACGAGCAGCUCUUGGACGACGCCGGCCUCGAGAUCCGCAGCGACGACAAGGAACGCAACGAUGAUGCGACUCUAAACGAGGACAAAGAACAAGAUUCCGAAAUGUGGCUGACUACCGGCGAAUCAGCGAGUCUUGGGGCUGAAGAGGUGGCGGCUAGAUUGCACGUCGACGUGCGAACGGGGCUCAGAUGGCAAGAGGCCGACCACAGAAGACAGCUGACGGGUUUCAACGAGUUCACCGUCAAGGAGGAGGAUCCGCCGUGGAAGAAAUACAUCGAACAGUUCAAGAAUCCGUUGAUUCUCCUCUUGCUUGCCUCCGCAUUUGUCAGCGUGUGCAUGAAGCAGUUCGACGACGCCGUCAGUAUUACUGUGGCUAUCAUAAUAGUGGUGACAGUCGCAUUUGUACAAGAGUACCGGUCGGAGAAAUCUUUAGAGGAAUUGAAUAAGUUGGUACCACCGAUAUGCCAUUGCUUGAGAGAGGGUCGCGUGGAGACGUUUCUCGCGCGCAAUUUAGUUCCUGGCGAUAUAGUGUAUUUAAAUAUUGGAGAUAGAGUACCUGCCGACAUCAGAAUAUUCGAAGCUAUAGAUCUGGCGAUUGACGAGAGCAGCUUUACUGGCGAGACCGAGCCGGCGCAAAAGUUAACGGCACCCUUGUUGAAGACCAACGGGCUGACGUCCAAGAGAAAUAUCGCGUUCAUGGGCACUUUAGUUCGCUGCGGGAACGGCAAGGGAAUUGUAGUGAAUACGGGAGAAAAGAGUGAAUUUGGGGAGGUUUUCACGAUGAUGCAGGCGGAGGAGGCACCAAAGACUCCACUACAGCGAAGCAUGGACAUUUUAGGUGCUCAGCUGUCCUUCUAUUCCUUCUGCAUUAUCGGUAUUAUUAUGCUGCUGGGCUGGAUCCAAGGUAAGGCUAUCCUUGAGAUGUUUACCAUUGGUGUAAGCUUGGCAGUAGCAGCUAUACCGGAAGGCUUGCCUAUCGUCGUGACUGUGACACUGGCGCUGGGGGUGAUGCGAAUGGUCAAGAGAAAAGCCAUUGUGAAGAAAUUACCAACCGUUGAGACUCUCGGCUGCGUAAAUGUGAUAUGUUCUGAUAAAACCGGCACGAUCACGAAGAACGAGAUGACCGCCACGAUACUCGUUACGUCGGAGGGUUGCAUCGCGGAUGUUACUGGAACGGGAUACAACGGCGUGGGGGAAGUGCACAUACGGAAAUGUGAUAAUCUUGAUUUCGCACGCGCCGCUAUCAGUAACAUGCUGGAAGUGGGUUGCGUGUGCAAUAACGCUAUCAUACAGAAUGACACUCUGUUGGGACAACCGACGGAAGGCGCGCUGAUAGCGGUGGCAAUGAAAUUCGGCAUGUAUGGUGUCGCCGAUAGAUAUUUGCGAUUGCAAGAAUAUCCGUUCUCGUCUGAGCAAAAGAUGAUGGCUGUGAAAUGUACCCCGAAAUUUGGAGAGGUAAAUUUACAGCCAGACACUUCAUUCUCCCUGAAUAGGCAGGAGAUAUACUUUGUAAAAGGUGCUUUGGAGAAAAUCUUACCGCAGUGUACAAAAUAUUACGAGAAUGGUCAAGUGUAUCCUCUUAGUCAAAAGAAAGAUCAGGAGUUCUUGACAGAAGCGUACGAUAUUGGCCAACAAGGGUUGCGAGUGAUCGGUCUGGCACGUGGCUCCUCAUUGCAGGAUCUAAUUUAUGUCGGUCUGGUUGGCAUUUGUGACCCACCAAGACCGUAUGUGCGCGAAUCUAUUAGCAUUUUAAUGAACAGCGGUGUUAAGGUGAAGAUGGUGACUGGCGAUGCUAAGGAAACUGCGGCUGCAAUAGCUAGCAUGAUUGGUUUGGAUACACUUCAUAGCCUGCUUCUCUCGGGAGACGAGAUUGAUAUGAUGUCCGAGCAUCAAUUGGAACAGUGCAUUAAUAGCGUUAGUGUAUUUUAUCGCGUUACACCAAAGCACAAACUUUGUAUCAUAAAAGCCUUGCAGAGAAACGGCAAUAUAGUAGGUAUGACCGGUGACGGUGUAAACGACGGAGUUGCCUUGAAGAAGGCCGACAUAGGCAUCGCCAUGGGUAAAAACGGCACCGAUGUGUGCAAGGAAGCGGCCGACAUGAUUUUGGUCGACGACGAUUUCAGAACCAUUAUCGCGGCGAUCGAAGAGGGAAAGGGAAUCUUUCACAAUAUUCGCAAUUUCGUCAGAUUCCAAUUGAGUACUAGCAUAGCCGCGCUCUCUCUGAUUGCUCUCGCAACGUUGAUGAGUAUACCGAAUCCUCUGAAUGCUAUGCAAAUACUGUGGAUCAACAUCAUUAUGGAUGGUCCACCUGCUCAAAGUCUUGGCGUAGAACCGGUUGACAAGGACGUUCUGAAGCAAAAGCCACGAAAUACGAAGGAGCCAAUGAUCACCCGUCACCUUAUAAUCAACGUCUUGUUAUCCGCCAGCAUCAUCAUUCUCGGCACUUUGUGGGUGUACAACAGAGAGAUGGUUAAUGGAAAUACCGCGAGAGAUACUACCAUGACAUUUACUUGCUUUGUAUUCUUCGACAUGUUCAAUGCUCUUAGCUGUAGAUCACAGACGAAAUCCAUAUUCACGAUCGGUUUGUGGAGUAAUAAAAUGUUCUUGGUGGCCGUAACACUCUCUGUCAUCGGGCAAAUGCUCGUCAUCUACUUCCCGCCGUUGCAGAGAAUAUUUCAGACUGAAGCUCUCACAGCAAAAGAUCUACUAUUCCUGGCGGCGUUGACAUCGAGCGUCUUCGUCAUCAGCGAGAUAAAGAAAUUCAUCGAGAGGCAACUGCAAAGACGUCGCGUCAAUGGCCAGUAUUAUAACAAGUUCGAAAUGGAUUUCGUAUGACAGUUACAGUCUGCCGGCGAGAGCAAGGCGGACAAACAUCGACAUAAUGAAUAAGCGCAUCAAUUAUCGCUCGGCGUCAAUAUGCAGUCGGUCGCGUUCGUUUAUAAUUGACACGUCUCGCUAACUCACAUCUACUCGACUGUGCUUGCACGUUCGUACCUUCGUCACGUGUGCACCUCUAUCACAAAAUAAGAGAAUAAUAAUAUUCUUUUGAUGACAGUUUUAAUGUAUCAAUUGCGCAGUGUGACUGCAGUUUUUUUACCAUUUACAAAUUGUCGUUUCUAUUUUUUCCAGCACGUUGUGCACGUAGAAAAGAAAAAGGGAAGAGAGAAACAUUUCGGUAACGAUGUAGUAAGUUACAUAGACUGUAGUUAUUAGACUAUAUUUCAUUAUUGUCCCAACAGUGAGACUAUAAACCACUAUUUCAUAGAUGGUAGCGAUGCUACUGCACAUUCCACGCACGUUUGAUAGAUCAAUGACUUUUAAACAAUAUAUUCUAUUUGUAAUAUAGUCUUAGAGACUGCAGUCUCUCCAAAGCAAAUGUUUGCACUGAAUCAUCGUAAUCAUUCUAUCUUACACCUUUUUCUAAAUAUUCUAACAGUUUUUAAGCCUCACUCGGCAAGAAAUGUCGAUUCCGCCGUUUGUUCACUCAUUGUCAGUCAAUUCACGUUAGAGGAGAAGCGGAUCAUGCAGCAUUUUACCGAGUAAGAACAAGACAAAGACAAAUAUAUUGUAAUUAAAAUCAGCCAUACAAAUCGAUUGCAUUUAAGAAUACAGUUGUAAUCAGCGAAAAUAAAUGCUCUUACAAUGUU